AGUAAGCGAUUCUACUCUUCAAAUCGCUGCUAAAUUACUCAUCUUUUUCGCUUUUUCUGUGCAUAAAUUGCCCAUUUGAUGCAAUUUGAUUGAUUGGUAUAGUUUAGGUUUGACAAUUUUCAUGAUUUCUAUCAUUGUUGAAUCAAAUAUUAGUUUAUUUGCCCUAAUGUUAUGAGGGUUUGAACCUUUGAAUUGAAGAACAAUAACAAGAACAAGAACAAAUUUUGUGACAUGGGUGAUAUUUAUAAUUUCAAUUAUACUUCAAGAUUAGUCCCUCCUUUAUCAAAAUCACAAUACCCAGAAAGCAUACAGCGUGGAAAUCAAGGGAAAAGUAGUUUCCGAACUUACCUUGAUGUUCCUUAUGUGACCCCUAGAACUAGAAUUUUAUGUGAUAUUAUAUAUGGAACCCCGGUAUCAGAUAUCGAAGCCGCAUUGAUUAGCAGUGCCAUCACCCCUAGCCCCGAGCUUGUCGAGGAGGUGCUUAAGCUCUCCUAUGGUAGCCCUGAUGCUGCUGUGAGCUUCUUUCGUUGGGCGGGGCUUGCUCAUAAACCGUCGGUUUAUGCUUGGAAUUUGAUGGUUGAUUUGCUAGGGAAGAAUAAGAUGUUUGAUCAAUUAUGGGCUGCUAUUAGGUCUAUGAAGGAAGAGGGGUUAAUUUCACUUCCCACCUUUGUGUCUGUUUUUGGGAACUAUUGUGCGGUUGGGAAAUUUGAUGAUGCUGUUAUGACCUUCGAUGUGAUGGAGAAGUAUGGGGUUGAGCCCGAUGUGGUUGCAGUGAACUCCUUGUUGAGUGCUAUUUGUCGAGAGAAGGAUCAAACUCAAAGGGCUUACAAUUUCUUUGACAAAAUUAAGGUGAAGGUUCCACCGGAUGGGGAUACCUUUGCUAUUUUGUUAGAGGGUUGGGAAAAAGAGGGCAAUGUUUCCAAGGCUAAGACCACGUUUGGGGAGAUGGUGGUUCGUGUUGGUUGGGAUGAGAAGAACAUGGCGGCUUACAAUGCAUUUUUGAUGACUCUUGUUCGUGGAUCACAAGUUGAUGAAGCUGUCAAGUUUCUCAAAGUUAUGAAAGGGAAAGGCUGCUUACCAGGUUUGAAAUUCUUUACCAGUGCUCUUGAUAUUCUAGUUAAGCAGAAUGAUUCAACCCAUGCUGUACCUUUGUGGGAUACAAUGGUGGGUAGUGGCAUAAUGCCCAAUUUGAUUACAUUUAAUGCCAUGAUUGGCCUGCUGUGCAACAACAAUGAUGUGGACAAUGCAUUCCGCUUUCUUGAUGAGAUGCCAUUUUAUGGAGUCUUUCCCGACUUGCUAACUUAUAAUAUGAUCUUCGAAUGUCUGGUAAAGAACAAGAAGGUUCAUGAGGCGGCCAGUUUUUUCAAAGAAAUGACAAAGAAUGAAGUCUUUCCUACAGUGGCUAAUUGUGCUGCAGCUAUCGAGAUGCUAUUUGAACGUGAUGAUCCAGAGACAGGGGUUGAGAUUUGGAACUUUGUUCUUGCUAAUAGAGUGAUGCCUGUUGAUGAAUGUGCUAAUGUGCUCCUCAUGGGUCUGUGUAAGGUUGGUCGUUUCUCAGAGUUGAAGAGGUCUGCCUAUGAUAUGCUGGAUCAGAGGAUCAUUAUAUAUGAAUCCACGAUGAGGACAUUGCAAAAGAUCUUCUACAAAGAGGGCAGGAGUACAAGAGAUACUUACGACAGCCUUGAGAGGAGGUGGAAAGCUUCAUACUUAAGAUAGCCUUGAGAGGAGGUGGAAAGCUUCAUACAAGUGUUGACACUUUAUCCUCUUUUGUUAACACUUUAUCCUCUUUCUCUCUCUCUGCCAUCCCCCUUCUGUUAUUCUAUCAAGCAGCAUAUAAGUGGUUCUUCUCCAUUUUAUAUGCAGUUGCGGCUGUAAUUGAAAAAGCUUUUUUGAUAUAAGGUUAUUUCUUUUGUUUAUUACUUUGGCAAAACUUUCCUGCUUUGCUCCCCCUUAUUAUUUUUUUUUGCCCUUUUUCUAUUCAAAUUCCACUCGCGAACGCUGAAAGGUAUACGUUAACGUACGUUUACAAUUGCCUUCUGCUCCUCAGUCAUGCUGUUCAUUUCAACUAUUCUGUCUUGAACAUACCUUUCCUUAGCUACAGAUAGUGUACUCUGUAGUAAUGUUCCCUGGUGAAAGCAUGUGUUAUAUGUUUGCUGUUGCCAGUCAGCUGUGCAGAUUUUUUAAACUCUUUGUAUUCUCUGCAUCAACCCUCCUGCUUUUUAGCCUCCAAGGUAUCUUCUGUGAAAGAAAACAAAUGUUCUGUAGUACACUCCUUAAGACUUUUCCUUAUGACUUGUGGAGUCUGGAUGUCAUUAUUCCAAGUCCAGAACAGCUUAUUGUAAUGUAGGAGCUAAGUGCACUUGCAAAAUUUACUGAAGAUGCCGAAGCUUGCUAAUCACCAUCGUUCUCCCACUGUUUGAAUUGAUGGUUCCAAGUCUUCCAACUGCCUAAGCUGCCGAAAGUAUUUUUUUUCCCGAGGACUCACUUAUUUAGGAAGCAUUUUUUCCUGGUUGCUGCGUUUCCUGGACUGGAGAUUUCAUUCAAACCCUAUCAAUUGAGGUGGAUGAUAUUUUGCUGUCCUUGAUGGAAAGCCCUGUUCAAAUGCUAGGAGGUUUUUCCUCAAUUUUGAAGCCCAGGCCCAAGCUAGGAGAUGAGAGCAUCUUGAUCUUCCUUUGUCAUGCUGCUGCUGUCUUUUAAUCUGGCGUUGCCUCCUUUAUCUAGAAGAUGAAAAAUUCUGCUACCUCCCUCAUCAUAUAUAGUAACUUUUGUGAACUCUGUAAUGCUUCUACAUUCUUUAAUUUUGCAUCAAAGAGACAUGAAGUCUCUUAAAGCCCUAGGCUAAUGCCUCGUUGCAGCUUAUAGUUGGUGAUCUUUUGAUCCUUAUUUUCACUUCACCAUGCUGUCAAGGGGUCAAGGGCUCAAGGCUGAUUAAAAUUCUUAGUCCCUCUUUUGUUUUUAAUCUUUUUCAGAAAUAUUUUUGAUUAAAAUUCUUAGUCCCUCUUUUGUUUUUUUUCUUAUUCAGAAAUAUUCUUGAUUUUGAUCCUGUUCGGCACAAGAAAUUUUAGGGGAUGGGCGGUUGAAGUAUAGAAUCAUAUUGCUUGUCUAUCAUAGCUUCUCUGUGAUUGUUUUGGAUUUUUUCCUUACAAGUUAUUUUUUUUAUUU